CACGCGGGUGUGGUGAUUGGUCACCUCUACGUAUGAGAGGAUGCUUGUCAGCCUGCAGUUGUGUGCUUUUAAACUGCGGCGGGCAGAGGGUACAGCGGUCAGACCACACAGCUGCCGGGGAUCGAGUUCAACAAGCCGAGCCGAGCCGAGCCGAACCGAACCGAACCGAACCGCAUCGAAGUGAGAAGCCCGGUGAGAACCACAAGGCAGAGCCUCUCCAAAAAGCGCGCAACUAACACAGAGGAAGAGGAGCGAGGACACUCAGAGACAUGACUCUGUCAACUGUGCCACAGCCUUUUCUUUUAUGUUUACUCUGGUUUGUUGGAUGUUGGAGCACGACAGAUGCCAGCCCCUAUGAUCGGUGGGAAGAUGGCUUGGCGUUAAGACAGGUGCGCGGCAUCCAAAGUAAUGACUUGAGUGACGUUCUGUGGAGAGACCAGAAUGAGGAACAAGUCCAGAAUGUUUUCAAAAGAUUUCUGUUUCAUUACUCCAAAGCGCGUAACUCUGUUGGAGCUGUACAGCAUGAGUCUCACUCCGUUCACCCUCUGAUGCGACUGUCGCCUAAGCUUUCCCAGAGGAGAAAGAAGGUGCUACUUCUGAUUUGAGAACUGCCAGAGGGGAUAUUGUAAAAGAAAAACCUGAAAAACAAAGGAAAUGAGAACAGAAGAAGAAGAGCAGCAGGCGGCUUCUCCUCUGGACGUCCCGUCCAAAAUCAGCUGAAAGAGCGACGCAGAGAAUCUCCAGCAGACUUUUUGUUAACAGAAAAUAAAUUAUUGUAUAGAUGGAAAAAUAUAUAUAGCACUGCACUGUCAUGGCUGCCACGUGUCUUCCUGCUUCCAAAUGUCAAGUGGUGUAAGUUUGUGGUGAAAUGUUCCCAAAUGCACAUUUGGCAUGAUGCACUGUUACACACGAAAGGGGGGUGUCACAAAAUACAAACAAAACACUCAAAAUAAGCUCUUAAGCAAGUUCUUUAUGGUCGACAGUGACACAGAUUCCAAAAAAGAAAAAAAAAAAAAAAAGAGCUCGUAGAAAAGAAACGAUUAUUGUGGCAAAGAGGUGAACUCACAUUUAAUUUAACAGGUUUAAAUACAGUACAUGUACUUUUUGUGACAAACUGAUCAAACAUAAUAAAAAAGUUAAAAUUUG